AUGAUAGCUAAUAGAGGUCUAAACAGAGGAAGCUUCAUAGCCGGACGCAGCGUGCAUAACCAAAGAAUUGAGCGUCUUUGGGCGGAGGUGAAUAGAGUGAGUUCCUCCUAUUAUAAAGAUCUAUUCCAAUUUAUGGAGGAAAGCGAGCUUCUUGAUGCGCACGAUGAAAUCGAUUUGUAUGCUCUGCACCAUGUUUACAUUCCUGCAAUACAAGCCUCACUCAAUGAGUUUGUCAACCAAUGGAAUCAUCACGGACUUCAAAUGCGGAGUAUGUCGCCCCUAGCACUAUGGCGUUCUGAGCUUAAUGAAACUGAUUUAACAGACGUUAAUAUCGAUAAUGUAAAUUUAUAUGGCAUUGAUCCUGAUGGCGCGGUAGGUGAUAUCGAAACGGACAAUAUGGUUGUUGUCCGUGAAAAUUCAGUUGAGUUGACCGAAGAUCAUGUCAAUGAAAUACGCCGCCUUGUUCCGGAACCUUUAAGCGAUGACGGCAAUCACGGAAUUCACCACUACCUCACAGUUCGUCAAUAUUUGCAAAAUCAUUUUCAGGAACAAUAAAACUAGUUAAUGAAAGAUGAUUAGAAUGAAUUGAGCCUUAAAAAUAUACCAUUUUAUCAACAA